GGAAAAAUAUAAAACCCUAAAUUGAAAAAUCAAACUCCAUUGAAGACGAUUCAAGCUUUUUUUUCACUUCAAAUUUGCUACCAUUUUUCAGCUUCUAUCUUUUCCUUAUUCAAGAACUUUCGUUCUUUUACACAUUCGCAAGAUUUUUUUUUUUUCGCGAAUCGAAUCUAAAUAUUCGAUACCAUAAAUUCCAAUCGACUUUAUCGAGGUAUUACUGAUGUCAGGUAAUUUGCGACCGGAUUUGACUGUUAAUGUUGGGCGUAGUGGUCAGGUUGUGAAGAGGGCAGGUGGAUUAUCAGAAGAGGGUUUCCGUGAUGGUCUUACGGAAGGAAACAAACGUUCUGUCAAAGAUAGAUUGGGUGGUAAUUUUGAUGAUAGAAAUCAUUUUUACAGUAAGCGGCAACGUGGGGAUGGUUUUAUCAAAGGCAGCAAAAAUGAUAUGCAUCUUCAUGCAGGCGAUCUUCGUUUUAAAUUGAUGCAAAAAAGCAUGACUAGGCAAUCUCAGAACAAUGAUUCACACGACACCAUUGAUCUCCGAGAUAAGCUCUUGAGUAGGAAUUCUGGGUCUUCUUUUGAUGGAAAAGCGAUGCGUCUUCCUGAAUCUAUUGUCAGUUCAUGGCAUCCUUUGGUCCAAACUAGGGAUGCUGGAAUAACAAGGCACCCUGUGCUCGAAUCUAGCGAUAUUAGUAUAAUAGGGAGAUAUCCUUUCUCGGGAAACCCAAGUGACUUGUCUUUGAUGGACAGCUCUGGUCGAAGUCGAACUUAUUCUUCCUGGACCUUGGAUAAUUUGAGACGAAGAUCUCCGGACAGGCUUCAUCACUCUUCUGCUAGCUGGGCAAUCUCUUCUGAAAGAAGAAGGGAAAAUUUGCAGAGAAGGGCAAUCUCUCCUGAAAGAAGAAGGGAAGAUUUGCAGAGAAGGGCAAUCUCUUAUGAAAGAAGAAGGGAAGAUUUGCAGAGAAGGGCAAUCUCUCUUGAAAGAAGGGAAGAUUUGCAGAGAAGGGCAAUCAGGGAAUACAAUGAUGAGAAGCCACCUUCAUGCAUGAGAAGUAGUCCAACAAGACCUAUUAGUUCUUCACCUUUUCUGACCAAAUGUUCUCUACCUCCUGCUCCCGUAAAGUAUGCUGUACCGCUUCCUUCACAUUAUUCACAAUCAAAUGGGAUCGUGCGCAAGAUCCCAUCCAUGGGUGAUGGAUAUCCUACAGUGGAAAGUUGGUUGCGGGCUCUGGGGCUGGAAGGUUAUGCCAUCACUUUUAAGGCUGAGGGGAUAGACAUGCAUGCGUUGAAGAGAAUGGGUGAUAGUGACUUGAAAAGGUUGGGCAUACCUAUGGGCCCGAGAAAGAAGAUUAUCCAAUCUCUAAUGCCUCGUCCUAGACGGGUUUCUUGAGUGUGUGCGUUGUAGGGCCAGGGUUAAAGGAAGACGGUUGCAGAUCUUUUUUUGGCUUAUAUUCAACUGUUCGUCAAGUUUCUCUGGUGAAUACUGUAAGUCAAUGUUUCAGAUAAGAUGCCCUUAUACUGUUGUCAAGCUAGCCCUAAUUAUACUCUUAAAUAAAUACAUGGGAAGUUGAGUGGUUGAUGUAUAUAUUAUGGUUUUCAAAAUUUUUUCAAUGUAUUAGCAAUUAAACUAGGAAAAGGAAAGGAUUUUCAACUCUCAGCUUAGUUACAGGAAUGUUUUGUCCCUCAUUUCAUAUGGCAUAAGAUUUAUAGUUCUUUGGUUUCAAAUUAUAAUGGAAUAUAUAAAAAUGACUUAUUAAA